GAAGUAUUUUGGCAAUCGUGAAGAUGAUAUCACCUAAAAGUACCUAAGGCAGGUAGUAAUCGGUAUGCAACAUAAUUGUAAAUGAAGAAAUGCCGAUUCUCUCAAUUUUCUUAAAUUUUAAUUAAAAUAUUAAACACAUUAAAAUACCAAGAUCGUUUUCUCUUUUAUGGACCUCAAAGAGAAGAUAGAAAUUCCAAGUUCAUCAAGCAAAUGUUUUAACCUUUAGGUUAAUAGUUGAUCCCAUUCAAGUAAGUCCUGAGAUGGUAGAGGUUGUACAGAAUCAUCUUUGUCAAAGCUGCGGACAGCAUCCGACAUAAUACUAUAUACACGAUGUUCAGCUUCUUCUGAAUGUGACGAGAUCGUCGAAGAAGCAUCUUUCAAAAGAAAUAGAGUUCCAGAAACUGGAUCUAUGUUCCAAAGGAAGCCUUCCACAGGAAUUUGGUCAUUGCGAAAGAGGACCCGGAAAAAACUGCCACGAUUCUCCUCAAUGAGCUUUGGUUCCAUUUUAUACAACUCCAUGAUAAUCUAGAAGGUAGAUUCGGGUGAAUUUAGGUGUAUUUUAUAAGUAUAAAGACUAAAGAAUCCAGAGGAAGUGUCGUGCUAAGGAAAGGAUUCUGUAAACAACGCGUAUAUCAAUAAAAGCAGGAAAGAAAAGACGCGUUUUCAUAUUUUUUCUCGUUUUUUCCUUUGAAUUAUUAACUCUGAUUUAGAAAAGCUUUUUAAAAUCUACUAGAUAUGAAGCAACGCGUCUUUGUGUCUAUGUAAGUGGACUAAUGAAUAUAUUCAAGCAUGCAAUGCAUCUCUCUUUCCUUAAUUUUUGUUUCUACCAUUCAAGAUCUCCUUUAAGAGGAGACGCUCCAAACCGUGCUACAGGUAUUGAAUGACCUUUUCAAUAUCACUAGAUUUACGAUAGUGGAGAGAAGGUGGAAGAUUUCUUCUUUUGAAGGAAUAAUAUUGAGUUUCUUUUUUUUAUACAGUCAAAGAAAGAACUUCCCUUGUCAAGCAAGACGGACUUGACUGGACUGCAAAGGUCAUUCAGGUGAAUUGAACAGUUGAAACUAUCCUUUCAUACUAAUUUUUAACUGUUUGUUAUCAAAUUUUAUUUUAUUAUUUUCUUACUGGUAUCUCCUGUUAUGUGAAUUUCUAAUAAAGCCUUCAGUAGGUCUUAUUCAAGGGACAACUCAUUCCAACAAAGUAUCGCGAUGUCAGCUCUAUAAACGUACUAUUCAGACAAUUUAUCCUCCGUUAAAAUGGGAAUUCUUAUUAAUAUGUCUGUUGGUGUUAGUACCAUUCAACAACUGUUCAUAUGAAAAAAGUACCGUCCUUAUAUCGUAAACGUGUUCACCUCUAGAAGUCACUUGACAAGACAAAUUCUUUAGUUCUUGUAUUAACAAAGAUUCAUAAAAGCCUCCUUUCAUGUGGAAUGGAAUUGAGUAUCAAACCACUCUCUUGAUCGGCUAUAGUGUUAUAGUAACUUAAAGUUUCUACUUCUUAUAAACUAAAUUAAAGCAUAUUGAAUUUAUAUUCCUUCGUUAUUACUUUGAAACAUUGCUCUGAUUAGUCUACCUUUUCAUAUUCCUACUGGCACACUACGUUGCUCCAUUCAUACUGGGCAAUUUGACAAUGCACUUUUUGACGUGGAAUUAGGAUUACCAAGGUUUAUUUUGUUAAAAAAAGAUAUCAGAAAUUCAUUUUCUUCUUUAUAUGGUCCUUGGUUUCUUUUCGACUGUUGCUUUUAAAUCAUUCAUUUUUCAUAAAUUCCUUUACCUGUAAACAGAACGCUUUUGGGUCCACUUCAUACCUUGAAAAUUCGUGUUCUAUUUAUAUAUCACCUCUUUAUUUAUAACUUAUUCUCUACGAAAGUGUAUAUGAAUCCUUAAGAUUGUGCUCGUCUUUCAUUUCAGUUUGACUUCAGUUUUUAUAUUUGCUGCCUUUCUCAUGUCUUCUAAUUAUUUUUCAGAAAAUUCCGCUUCUAAUAUUAAUGAGUCUUUGAUGAACAGCAAUCCAGCAACUCCUCCAGAGCCCUCCGAUACAACAGCUCUACCAGAAAGGCUUCAGGAUUCUUUUAUCGCAUCAUCCCAAAGGAAAAAUCAAAGUCGUUAUGAAAGUUAUCCGUUGAGGAAGUCGGCUGUCCCGGAAUCCUUAAAACAGUUUAACGUCAAUUCUGGAGAUGUGUCUUAUCGUUUCUAUGAUAUGGCUUCUUCAGAAGAUGUUAGGGAAUUUGAUGUUUCUCUAAUUCCUCAAAAAAACCAUCUUCUCUCUCAGCCUUCUUCCCUACCUGGAAGGAUAAAUCUUCGUCAUCGUAAACGGAUUUGCAGGAGAAACGAUGUUUCCUCAACAUCAAACUCAUAUGCCAUCCCUCCUUCUCCAAAAGUGGAAGCGCCCUUAACUCCCAUAAGCCAGAGAGGAUCUCCAUUCCAUUCCUCUUCGCAGUCUGAACCAUUGAGUUUAACAUCAAUUGCCGAAAAAUAUCAAUCGUUACCUGAAAACGUUCAAGCAUAUACUUUCUUUCAAUUGCUACGUUCUUGUGAUCGGAGGAGUAUGCGGCCGCUCAUGAACAGAUGCGACCUUCUGUUAAAAAAGGAUUUACUGGCAUAUUUACCUAACUUCAUAGUUCGCGAAAUACUAGGAUAUUUGGAUAUCCAGUCCUUUUUGACGGCAGCACUCGUCCAUAAAAAAUGGAGGGAUAUAAUUUCGUCGUUUACUUGGUAUUGGAGACUACAAUUUGAAAAUUCGGGAUUUUCUGUCGACAUGGAAGAUUGGAAUUAUGCUUAUCCCGUCAAAUCUCCACCACCCUUUCUACAUAAUAAUCAUAUCGCUGAUGAGUAUUAUUACCAUAUAUUCAAAAGACAUUACCUAAAAAAACAACGCUGGAUCUCUCCAUCUAUACCGCCUUCUCAUCUGUCUUUUCCUGUACACGAUUCGGACAGGAUGAUUACUUUCUUAAGGAUUCAUAAAAACAAAAUAGUAAUUAGUUCAGAGUCUGGAAGUAUUCAGAUUCAUAACGCCAUAACAGGAGCUUUAGAAGCCCGCUUGGAGGGUCAUAAAGAUGGAGUAUGGGCCGUCAAGAUACAUGGUAAUACUCUUGUGUCUGGAUCCCUGGAUAAAACGAUCCGUGUAUGGAAUAUAAAAACUGGAAAAUGUACACAUAUUUUCCGAGGCCAUACCUCCACGAUCCGCUGUCUUGAAAUUUUGAGUCCGAAAAGAGUCCUUCGCGAUGGAAGAAUUGUUACGGAGCCUUCACGACCUUACAUAGUUAGUGGCUCUCGGGAUCACACACUACGAGUUUGGAAAUUUCCUGAAGAACAGGACCCCCAUUAUUUGCCGAGCGAGUCUACAUCUAUUGAACAAUGGGAAAAAAACCCAUACUAUGUUCAUACGCUCAUGGGACAUACUGAAUCAGUUCGAUGUAUUUCAGGAUACGGAGAUAUACUGGUUAGCGGAAGUUACGAUUAUUCUAUAAGAGUCUGGCGUAUUUCUACCGGUGAAUGCCUAUGCCAUCUACGUGGACACAGCCUUAGGGUAUACAGCGUUCUCUACGAACCAGAGAAAAAUAUUUGUAUCAGUAGCAGCAUGGACAAAACAGUCAAAGUAUGGGAUUUACGAACACGAGCUUGCUUAUACACCUUGGAAGGACAUUCACUUCCUGUUACGUUACUAAAUGUUGUGCAGGAUAGACUUAUUUCUGGCUCUGCUGAUUCAACCAUACGAGUAUGGGAUCUCAACAGUGGUACUCAGCAAAUGGUAAUGCACGCGAACGGUGGAUAUAUUCGAACUUUGCAAGGUGACGAACAUAAAAUCAUUAGUAGUAAUGACGGAUCUUUAAAGUUAUGGGAUAUACGAACGGGAAAGUUACUGAAGUAUUUAUUGACCGAUGUUUCAGGUAUAUGGCAGGUUCAUUAUGACGACAAUCGUUGUGUUGCAGCUGUUCAAAGAGGCAAUCAGGCGUACUUGGAGGUUUUUAAUUUUUUUGGUCGUGAUUCAAAAUGUGAAGUUUAGAUGAGUAGCACUUGUCAACUAUCAGUCAGAUGGUAAAAUUUGGAAAAACUAUUAUUAGUAUAUUAUUAAUUAUUAAUUUAUGAUUUAAAGAAAGAAAGAAAAUAAAGUGAUGAAUAGAAAAC